AUGAGCGAUGAUUCCUCCCCUCCUCCCGCGCCUCCGGACCUCCCUCCCUCACCCGACCGUCGACAACACGAGGAUGAUGAUGACGACGCCGCCGGCGACGAACCAUCCCAGUCCGCAGCCGCCGCGGCAACACCAGAACAACAGCGGCGGCGGCACCGUGGCGGCCGCGCCAAUGGCAGACGACGACGGCAGACCCCCUCGCUCUCUAAGAAGGCCAGGGAGGGACUCACCAAGAAGCUGGAAUUCCUGACGCUGAUGGCUUUCAACCUGGAUGCUCUGGUGUACGCUGAGCUAUGUGUAUUAUACUACAUGGAUUGCUCGUUCGUACGGCUGAUGGUGCGCUGGCUUGCGCAGUCGCUCUUCAUAAGCCCAAAGACCGAAGACAGCAUCCUGAUAGUACCGAACUACCACGUCUCUGCGAUCGUCGGCCCGAACCUCCUGUGCCUCCUGCUGCACCUCUUCAGCCCGGUGCUACAGGCCGGCGAAGCGACACGCGGCUAUCUCCACGGCGGAAUCCUCAUCGACUUCGUGGGACAGAAGCCGCCCUCGUCGCGGCUCGUGCUGCUCCUGCUGGACAUGGUCGUGCUGGGCCUGCAGUGUUUUAUGAUGACAGUGAACGUGGAGAAAGAGAAGAUCCGCAAGGUCGUGAGGCCGCCUCGACGGAGCGCGGGGGCUGGGAUCACGCUCAACGACGUGCCUGCUACCAACCAAGACCAUGAUGCCGAAGAACGUGGGAUUCUGAGAGACGCACCCAUGAUGGACGAGACCAACGAUAUUGAGAUGCAACCGAUGGGGAAUAAUGAAGGCGAUGUCAACGAUAAUCGACGCGACGGGGGAGAAGCCACAGGGCUAUUGAGACCCGCUGCUGCCCAAAGAGGCAGCGAGUUUGAGGCUCUGGCGGAUUCCCUGAUUUCAGGAAAUGCCGUUCUGGCAAAUUUCGAUAUCCGACAAGCACUACAAACGGCCUGGCAGAACAGGGAGAAUACCCCCGAAGGCGCAGCAGCCUACGCGAUACAGAACGUCGGGUAUAACGCUACCCUCGCGGCUCUAGCGGCUCAGAGAAGAGCCAGGUUAGCUUCAGCGCAGCGGAGGGGUUCAUGA